UGCAUCUGCAUAGGUUUCUUGAAUGUAGUACUUUUCCGAGAGAGUAUGAGAAUGUCUUCUGGUACUUCAAUGUCCGUCCCUAGCCUACUGAGCACCCAACGAGCUUGAGUACAAGAGAUAAAGCUUGUUUUGAAAAAACGCGUUGUGUCGUCGGUCUGCUUACUUUUUUUAUUUCGUCUUGGUUUGUUAUUGCACUUGAUAGAAAAUUCGCUUCGCGUAUUCGCCGCAGCCAAAAAAAGAUGUUGUCUUCGUUGAAUUAUGCGGAGAUGGAGGAUACGCCGACGAAGAGUCGAAGGAUCGAAUUAUUGCAGCAAUCAAGGCAACACGCCGUCGGAGCGUCGCUCAUGAAUUUGGUGCAGUGGCUAAACGAAGACGGGAAGAACUGGAAGGACGAAAAAUAUCCUGUGAUGGAGUGCUCGCUUAAUUUUCAAAAUCUAGCACAGCUGCAAUCUUUGUCAUCAGUGUCACCUUCAUCUUCUUGCAGGCGUGCUUACAAAAGUGGUCAUCCUUCCGUCGUGAAAACCAUGCUUCAUCUUUUACUUCAGUUUCGGACAAAGACAUACUAAGAAAUAUGAGAUGAAGGAGGAGGAGGUCACUUUUGCUUCAGAAACACAGUAAGUUCUUGAAGUUUAUUGCAGUGCUAGUUUGUCACCACAUCACAGUACACAAAAUGCGAUUUUUUAGAAUGCAAAACGAUAGCUGAGAAGAAACAAGAAGCGAUAGCGAGCAGCUCCUUCUCCCUUUUACAGCGAGCUCCAAAAUUGGAUAGACAUGAAAUUUACGAAGUACAGCAAUCUAACGAAGCCGCCUUUCAGAAACGGGAGCUUGCCGCGAGAAGAAGAUAGCAGCACAUCUGCAACCGCAUCCUCUUCCUUACGACAACGACGACCGAGCAGCGACUUAGCCGAAUACAGGCCCGAUAUGCUCGCCAAUCCGAAAGAUUUGGCACCGGCUGCCACCUGGGAAAAGGUGGCGCUCAUCAUCCGAGACAACAACACGCGGCACGAAACCAAUAGACUCCGAAGAAACGGAAAAGACCCCGGCACGAAAACAGAAGAUGAGCUGGCCUGUUUCGGCGGUGAUCCCGCUGACUUUAUCCGGAUGAUCGACAAUGUCCUCCGUCACCCGAUGCCGCAACAAGAAGCGGUUGUCCAAGCAUUCAUCUCCCUCAAGUGGUACGGUGAGGAUCUGGAGGCGGCCGCGAAGAAUCUCCCGUGGUGGUCCGAGUUGCCGGAGGAAACCGUGGCGGCGGACCGGUGCUACAUGUUUGCGGUGUUCCUCGUGAACCUAUGACCAUGAUUGUAGAAGUCCCCGCCUUCAUUGAGCAAGGUAAUAGAUUACUACGAGGCGUGGCGCUUCGUGUCACGCUUGUCGUUGCCGCUCUUUUCCCAGUUUUCCAAUUUGCGCUUUUCGUUAAUGCUGGGAGCGAGCUGCUCUCUGACCAAGCCUGCAUGUGUAAAUGUAAAGUAUGGCGCAUGCAUGCAAGUAUCGCAAAAUGAACAUGAUCAAGAACAGCGCCCAAUACCACAAGUAAAGGGCGCUACUACAAAGUCCUGUCUUGCGUUUGCUGGCGACGGAGCGACUCUCUAUGCAUAGACGAAAUUCCCGGAGCUUCCGGACGACAUCAAGGAGCUGCAGCAGUACAUCUUUUCGCGUCGCGACGCCUCGCACGGCCUAUCGACGGAAAUGUAAAACGACAAGACAACGGCAACGGAUCGCCUGACGUCGGCAUUUGCAGCGAUAUUACACGACCGCGGUCAGAAGUCUCCAUUCCGCAGCCGAUCUCACGAAAAUACUUCUGGCACUGAGUAGCUUUCCCUUCCCUCUUGUCACAAGCAAGCUAGUGCCCGAGUUGAAGCCCCAGACACGGAGGAAAUGCUCAGACUAGUCGUUGUCUUUUUUCAAAAUGUUCUUUCUCGGUAGUUCUAGUUGUCAGAUGAACAAGAACAAAUAACGCGCCGAAAGGCUGCAUUCCACGUAGGAGAGCUUUUUUUCUAUGUAUCCAUAUCCAACUUACUUAUGUUUCUGAGGAAACGAAAACUAGCUCGUCAGCUGAGACGUCAACUUGAUAUGCUAUGUAUUAUUUGCGGUUUACUUGUUCUUGGAGGUCGAGGACUUCGAGUUAUGACGAGCUG